AUGUGCCGGGGCUCCUAUGUGGCGGAGAAAUCCCAGGCUCCCUUCUGUCACUCGGAUGAACUAUGCAGUGUCGCGUACGGAGACGACGAGACGUUUAGUGCUCCUUGCCCCGAACUGACGCGGUGUGAUCCUGUUGUAUACGCCGCUCUGGAGCCUGCCACACUUUUUAGUCUGAAGAAGCUGGAUCAUGCACUACAGUGCAUGCAACGCGAAGACCCCAGUUUCACUGCCAAACUAAACCAAGAAACUGGUCAAUGGAUUGUGCGCGGAAUGGGGGAUUUGCAUCUAGAAGUCAUUUUGUCCCGCUUGAAACGCGAAUACAAGGUAGAUGCCCGGCUCGGCCCACUCUUGAUUGCCUACAAAGAGUGUCCUGCGUUUCAUACUGCCUCAUACACCGGGAUCAGUUCUGAUGGUUUCGGUUCUGCGACCGGUUUUUUGAAUGGAACGAAGAAGACAGUUGUUGCAGCUGUUACCAUUGAGUCUUCCUCUGUUUUUAAUCCACAGGUGAGGGAUAGUAGCUCUUUACAUGCCCGGUCACUCGCCUCUCUCUGUGCUGUCGUUUAUACGUUCAAUUUCUUAUGUACAUGUCCCUUGGUCACUUUGUCCUGUAUACGAAGCACCCGAAGAAGCGGUUUCCGAUGA